AUGUCGCUCUUUCCAGAAAUCACCCAGGAAGCCCUUAUCGAUGUGUUGGUCUCCUGUGGAGGCUCGGUCGAGUCGGCUUCGUCUACUAUAGCUGCGCAGUUUGUGUCCAAUCCUCCUAAGAAACGGGCUGUUCUCGGAGGAACGGCGAUUCAAACGUCUCUAACAUCACAUGUUCUGUCGCCUGGGAAAGGACCGUCCGCGCCAAAAGCACCUCGAACCAAGAAAGGGCAAACCCUGCAUCUCUUCGCCCCGGAGGAUAUUGCUGCUCAAACUCCAUGUACGCUGAUUCACAAUUUCCUGCCGGCCGAACAGGCAAAUGCUCUACUUUUGGAACUCCUAGAUGAAUCGAAGCAUUUCUCCAGGUACAAGUUUCAGCUGUUCGAGCGAACGGUGGAAAGUCCUCAUUCGGCCAGUGUGUAUGUGUCUACACCUGAAGAGUACAAACAACAUACAUCUGAGUAUACAUAUGGCGGCACAUAUCGCUCCAAUGUGCGGCAGAUUACUCCUCACAUGCGCGUAGUCUCCGCCAAAGUGCAACGUGCCGUGAAUCAAGCAGUUCGGGACCGGAUCCAGGAUUUUUAUCCGGAUAGUCGGAAGCUCAAAUAUCAAUCUCCCAAAGAAUGGCAGCCUAAUGCAGCAUUUGUGAAUUGCUAUGACGGACCGGCGGAGAGUGUUGGGUACCACUCAGACGAACUAACCUAUCUCGGCCCACGGGCUAUAAUCGGGAGUCUCAGUCUGGGUGUUGAACGAGAAUUCCGGGUCCGAAGGAUUGUGCCUCAUGAUCACGAAGAUGAUGAAGAACAAGACACUCCCAUACCGGGGUUGGAACCGCUUUCCGACUCAAAACGAUCCCAGAAAGCUGCGGAUGCUCGAGCAGAUGCGCAAGGUCAAAUUUCGAUUCAUCUGCCGCAUAAUUCUCUUUUGGUCAUGCAUGCUGAAAUGCAAGAGGAAUGGAAACACGCUAUAACACCGGCACAGACCAUCUCACCGCACGCAUUAUCGGGAAAUCGUCGUAUUAACAUCACCUAUCGGUGGUAUCGCGACUCCUUGCAUCCACGGAACACGCCUCGAUGUCACUGCGGCCAGCAUGCAAUCCUGCGAUGCGCUCAGCGCAGGCGUGAGACAAAGGGCAGGUAUAUGUGGAUGUGUUAUGCCGGAUUUGCACCUGGGAAGAAAACGUGCGACUUCUUCCAGUGGGCCGAGUUUGACGAUGAUGGCGAGCCUCUGUGGAGCAAGGGAGAUGGGGAAGACAAUGCGCCAUUGUUGAGAAACUUCGUAGACGAUGAGACAAAGCAUUGCGCCGAGACUUGA